UCUGCAGAGCUGCCAGACUUCAUGGAUGUUAAGCUCUUCCUCUUCUGUGUCGGAUUGAGAAGAGAUACAGUUACAUUGUUCUGAAUGGACCCAGGCAGGAGAGCAGCACACAGGCUGGAGUCUGGAGAUUAAAAGCAACUUUUUUUAUUUUAUUUUUUAUUUUAUCCUUUAAAAUUGAAGAGAAGAGUCAGAGGUGGUAUUUGAUCAGCACCAUGCCGGGGAACAGUGGAGUGUAUGCGGUGAAGAGGAGGAAGAAGCCCGCUCAGAAAAGUGUAAAGCCUCCGCCGGUGAAGACCAAUCCGUCCAAACGGCACCGGGACCGGCUGAACGGGGAGCUGGACCGCCUCACCGGCAUGCUGCCGUUCUCCGAGGAGGUCAGAGGUCGUCUGGACAAGCUGUCUGUGCUCCGGCUCAGUGUGGGAUACCUCAAGGUCAAGAGUUACUUCAACGCAGCGCUCCAGAAACACGUGAGGUCGGCUCCUCUUGUGUCUGCAAACGGCAGAAAUGGACAGUCGGUGUCUCUGGAUGGAGUCAGUUUCUCAGAGGGGGAACUCCUUCUACAGGCUUUAAACGGGUUUGUGUUGGUCGUGAUGACCGAUGGCACCAUCUUCUACACAUCACCCACCAUCCAGGACUUCCUGGGCUUCCAUCAGUCCGACGUGGUCCAGCAGAAUGUGCUGGAUCUGGUUCACAUGGAGGACAGAGAGAUGUUCAGAUGUCAGCUCCACUUCGCCCUCAAACCCAGCGACUCAGAGAUGAGAGCAGGAGACGUCCAGUCGAGCAUUAAAGCUUCCAGCAGCUCUGUGAGCUCCCGUCUUCAGUACGUCCCUCCAGAGAACUCCUCUUUCCUGGACAGAAGCUUCUGCUGUCGCCUUCGCUGCCUCCUGGACAACUCCUCCGGGUUCCUGGCUCUGAACUUCAACGGCCGUCUGAAGUACCUCCAUCAGCAGGGAAACACGUCUCCUCCUCAGCUGGCUCUGUUCACCAUCGCCACUCCUCUGCAGCCUCCGUCAGUCAUGGAGAUCCGGACCAAGACCCUCAUCUUCCAGUCCAAACACAGGAUGGACUUUGCUCCUAUGGGCAUAGACACCCGAGGGAAGCUGGUUUUAGGAUAUUCAGAGAUGGAGUUGGUGACAACAGGCUCCGGGUAUCAGUUCAUCCACGCUGCCGACAUGAUGUACUGCGCCGACAACCACCUCCGCAUGAUGAAGACCGGAGACAGCGGCUUCACCUUCUUCAGGCUGCUGACCAAAGCCGGACGCUGGUUGUGGGUUCAGGCCAGCGCCAGGGUCGUCUUCAAGGGAGGGAGACCCGACUUCAUCAUCGCUCGCCAGAAAGCCCUCUCAAACGAAGAAGGAGAGGAACACCUGCACCAGAGAAGACAGCAGCUCCCGUUCAACCUCGCCACGGGCGAAGGAGUCCUGUACGACGUUUCUCUGGAAUCCUCCCUCGGUCCUCCUGGCUCCGUAGCACCGGUUACCACGGAGACCCCAACAGAGAAACCUCUGAACCCGGCCUCCCUCCUGGGAUCCCUCAACCGACAGGACCACUCUGUUUACACCCAGCCUCAGGAACCCGGUCCCCAGCUCCCCAUCUUCACCCAAAUAGAGGAUCUGGAUUUGGAACAACCCCAGCCGGCCGUGGAGCAGGCCUUCCUGGACAGCCACGCUCUGCUAAGUGUGCCGGGCCAGAUCCGGCAUCCCGUCACGGGGGACCUCACAUCGGAGGCCAUGAUUGAGUCGCUGGAGCAGAUUUUGGGGGACAUUGGGGACGGAGGGAUAGAGGGUUUGGACGUUGAGGAGACGGAGCUGAGGGACUGGGAGGACACGCUCGCCAGGCUGAAUGACGAGAGGGAAGACGUAUCGAGGGAACUGAACCACAUCCUGGCCAACGACGUGUUCUCAUACGUGGAGGAGGCUCUGAGGAGGGAGACCACGCACGGCUCAGAUCAUGUUUCUGGGUCUUUUACCAGUUUGUCAAUCCAAGGACAGCAUCCCGGGUCUGUGUUUUCAAAUAACCAGUGGCAGCAAACGAUGGACUCGACAUCUAUCUUUGCAGAGCGGGCUCAGUUUGGAGACGUUCUCGGUGCUGUUGCUUAUUCGGCUGCACUCGCACAGUGUCGCAACGCUCCUCAGACACAAAGCUCUUCGCUGUGGCCUCCAGGCAGCGGUAGCAGCUCUCACCACUGUGGCAACCAAACCAUUUCAACACCAUCCUGCCACGCUGUUCAGAACACCAACAGUAUCCACAGCAGCAGCCGUCAGUCCGGCUCCAACCAAACUGGGCAAUAUACGCUAACUGGUUCCCAGCAGACUCUCUCGGGGCCGCAGCUCCAGAGCCCGUCAGUGUGGCAGCAGUUUCACCAUCAAACACUGACGCAUUCCUCACACACAGCAGGCAGCGGGAACUUAACGCCUCGCUUUUCUGGAAGCUGCAUGUAUGAAAACACGCCGAACUCCGCUUCUGCUCCUUCCAGACAGAACGGGUCUCUUCUGGGACCUUCGUACUCCAGAGGAACCUCAAACGGUCACUUUGACGGGCCCUAUCAGGGCAUGGAUGCCGGAGGCGUCCACCAGGGGAUGAUGCAGUCGGAGGCAGUUGGUUGCACAGAUGUGGGAAACAUCAGCUUGGGUGACAGUGGAUCAUUACAGUCGUCCUUCUUCUGUUGGAACGGAGAAGCUCAGAUUCCCCUGAACGGUGCCGUUGACCCGUUUGCCUUCCCUGGCUUUCCCUCUGGGAGCAUGAACCUUUCCCAAAACACCGGACCAUAGCGGCUCAGAGACUCCGACUGGACGGAUAGAAUACACAAACAGUACGAUUAGGAGUUUACCCUCUGGGAUACUCUGGAUAUUUUAUAGAUUUGUUUUGUCUGCUGUGGCUCAACAAGAAACCCACUCAUUUCAAAAGACUUUUGCUGCAUUACAUUCUUUUCCUGAUAAGUACCUUUUGGGAUGUUUGACUCUUCAAAUAUUGAUCAAACAAUCUUAUACGAUAAUCAGCUUUUUACUCAUAUUCACGCUGUAAGUAACCAACAAUGAAUGUGAGUGGAAGCUAAACGGAAUUUAUGGCAAAUGGAUGAAAUCAUGACUACAGCCCUUCUGUGUAACCCAAAGUGUGAGGAAUCAAGGACAUGCACUCUUCAUAUGGAGGACCAUUUCAUUCUUCUUACUAACCUGUUUAGAGGACACAUCGUCGCCAAGGAGGACUUUAUAUCAGGUCAUGGAACCUUGUAAUACUUUUCAUUUCUUCUACUUUGCUUUAAAAGUAAAGAAAUGUUUGUUCUCGUUCAUGUAAAGUAAGUAGUUUCUCAUUAUCAGUGAAUCCAAACAAAGGGAGUUUGUGUUUUUAGUAGCUUUAAAAGGCACAUUAUUCAGUUUUUGCUUGUUCUAAUAGUUCCUCCUAUUCAAACUGGACAUGAUAAUAUCUCUCUCUAGCAUGAAAUAUAACAAGAAAAUAUACAAAAAAUGUGUCGAGGCUUCAUGAAUCUAAGUUCGUCAAAUCAAGUGAGUCUCUUCUAAAGUCCUUUUAGUACAGAAUUCCAUCUUUGUGCAAAGAGUUUCAAACUAUCUCUUUUUAUGCACUUUUUGUAACGGGUGGUGUGUGGACCCAAGUGCAGUACGACCAGGAGACAGUAAUGUUCAGGAGCUUUAUUCAAAGCGGAACAAACACCAGACAGACAGAAACCUAAAGGAGCAAAGGCAAAUCUCGUGGUCAGGGACAGAAGGCUGAGCCGGUUAACCGGGGCAGAGGCAAGGCGGAGAAGUCCAAACAAGCAGGGUCGGCAACGGGAAAUCAGUCCGGGAAUAACGCCGGAAGGUCUGGCAUAAUGCGGAGAACGAUCUGGCAGUGAGUGUGUGUGAGACUGGGGUAUUUAUACUGAGGUGAGUAGUGCAGCAGAGUGAGCAGGUGAGAGUGAUGGUGCUGAUGAGGUGGGCGUGGCAGACAGGUGCGCUGCAUGAGGCUGAUUAGGUGAGAGAGGGAGAGUGAGGUGAGAGAGCGGGGGCGGGGCUGUGAGCUGGGAGAAAUAGUGCAGGAAGAGUGAACAGGUGUGACUGUGACACUUUUUCUAUCUUCAAUAUUGAAAAACACCAGAGGGAAAAUGACUAAAUAUUGCACAAAAAGUUUGUAAAAUGGAAUUAAUUAGUUAAAAAGAAACAGACGUAGCGAAUAAACUCAGGGCUACAUGGCCAAAAUCUUCUUUAUCAAAGUAGGUCAGUGCAUAUGUUGCUAAUGAUAUAUAUCACUAUAUAGCAUGUUUUCUGGUAAUUCAAUAAACAAAUAGUCUACAGUAGUUCUACAUUGAAUAAGCAUGAUAGACAUGAAACGCACACAAUGCAGUAUUAAUAUACUGUAAACUCAGUUUGACAGCUCAAAGUGAACCGAUCUAAAUGAAAGAGUGUGACUUGCUGUUUAAAUCCAUCUCAGCUGCAUCAAAGAAGAACUUUGUUUCCCUUUUCAAGUCAAAUCAUGUUCAUAAUAAAG